CGUCCAAUCAGGGAAGGCUCCAGCAGCUCCGGAAAGAAGCAGACGAUAUGGCAGCCUGGGGAGCGACUAGGUGGAACUUGCUUUGACGAAGACGACCACAAGCGGAUUAUGAAGACGCUUUGACAUCCGCCGGAGAUGAUUUACCUAAUCGUGAUAUCCGCUUUAUCCGGAGCGGUGCUCACGUUGCUCUUGCAGUUGUUCCUGCUGUGCCGUAGGAGCCCGGAGCCCGUGAAGCGGACGGAGCAGUACGUCAAAGUAGUGGCUGACAAGGCGUUGAAGGAUUACUUUAAUACUCAACAUGUCGAUGCGGGCCAGCAGCAGGACGCCACGGCCUCGUCACGAGCGCCGGAAGUGACCGCCGGCAGCCCCAAACAACAACAACAACAACAACAACACGGCGACGCCGCCGACUCGGACAAAGCCGAGAGCUGUCAUUUCCUGAAUGCCAUCUUCCUGUUCCUGUUCAGGGAGCUGCGGGACACUCCUGUGGUCAGACACUGGCUGACCAAGAAGAUCAAGGUCGAGUUCGAAGAGCUGCUUCAGACAAAGACGGCGGGUCGACUUCUGGAGGGACUCAGCCUUCGAGACAUUUCCCUCGGCGAUUCGCUUCCGGUCUUCAAAACGGCCAAACUCAUGAAGCCCGUCCACCUGAACGAGGACGGCAUGCCGGAGGAACUGAACUUUGAAGUGGACAUGGAGUACAACGGCGGCUUCCACCUGGCCAUCGACGUGGACCUGGUCUUCUGGAAGUCCGCGUACCUGUUCGUCAAGAUGCGGCGCGUGGUCGGGAGGCUGCGGCUGCAGUUCACGCGCCUGCCCUUCUCCCAUUGGUCCUUCUCCUUCCUCGAGGACCCGCUCGUCGACUUUGAGGUCAAGUCCCAGUUUGAGGGAAGACCUCUUCCUCAGCUCACCUCCAUCAUCGUCAACCAGCUCAAAAGGGUCAUCAAAAAGAAGCACACGCUACCCAACUACAAAAUCAGAUACAAGCCUUUCUUCCCAUUCCAAGUGCAGCCUCCUCUGGGAUUUUCUUCUGACUUGGAGCUGUCAGUCCAGGACAGCAGACUGGUGGAGGGCCGACUCAGAGUCACCCUUAUUGAAUGUAGCAGACUCUUCAUCCUGGGCUCGUAUGACAGAGAAACCUACGUCCACUGCACUCUAGAGCUGAGCAGUCACCAGUGGAAGGAGAAGACUCGCAGCUCCAUCAAACGAACGGAGGUCAUCAAGGGUCCGUGUGGGAGCGUGGGAAUGACGUUCCGACACGUGCCUGCCAGCGAGGGUGAUGCGGUUCAUGUCAGCAUUGAGACGGUCACGCCCAACUCCCCUGCAGCCCUGGCAGACCUGCAGCGAGGAGAUCGCCUCAUCGCAAUCGGAGGUGUCAAAGUGACCUCAUCAGUUCAAGUGCCCAAACUGCUAAAGCAGGCCGGAGACCGGGUCGUGGUCCUGUAUGAGAGGCCAGUUUGCCACCAAGCCCCCUCCUUGGGAAGCUUGGGAACACUUCAGGAGGGAUUUGGCCAGCUGGAAGAACCGGGUUUCAUAUCCCAGCCAGGGGGGUAUGAAGAAGACCCAGCCCCCAUCACCACCUUGUCUGACAUGCCCGACUCUAAAGACAUGGACUCGGAAUUUGAAGAGUUGAUUGUGGACUCCAAGCCCAGCCAGAAUGUCGUCCCCGUCGGCGGAAGUGAUACAAAGGAGGAUUUAUUACUCACGGUAAACCAAAGCCCCAAAAGAACCGUGGCCACCUUGGCUUCUAAACCUCUUGGCACCAUAUCCCCCAUCCUCAACCGGAAACUAAAUCUAGUGGGUCUCCAGUCCCCGUUAAAGCCCCAAACGAAAGACUCCCCAAAACCCUCGCGGCAGAAGACAAACACCGAUUCGGGAGAUAGUUUACAACGUCCCACAGUACCCCCUCCACCUCCACCUUCUCGACCCCCUGUUCCACCGAGACCUCAAAUCCGGUUGUCGUCUGCCUGCUCGGAAAGCAGUCUCCCCGACAGCGUGGAUUCUGCGUCAAACGCAACUUCGGCCAUUUCUACUGUGACCACCGCCGUCAACGCUGCUGAGAAAUCUCCCGAGAAAGCUCCUCUGGCCGGAACCGGCGAGGACAUGUCUUGCACUGAGAAGACGGGUAUCAAAGCAACAGAGUCCAAGUCCACCAACGAGGACAUUUCAGCCUCGUCCGUCACCAGCAGCAAACCCGACCAGGCAAAGGACAAAGUUUCAGAGAGUUCCUGCAGCACACGGGACAGUCUAGAAGAUCACUCCCUGUGGGAAUCUUCGGAAACCAUGUUUCGUAGUCAAACGGCACGUUGGCUUAAGGCUUCUGCAGUUUUUGACGUGGAGAGCAACCAUAAGUACCUUAACGUGGCUCUUUGGUGCAAGGACCCCUUUAAGCUGGGCGGCUUGCUGUGCCUGGGUCAUGUCAGCCUUCAGCUGGAACAUCUCGCCCUCGAAUGUAUGGCAACAUCCUCGGCGGAAUACCAGAGCACAUUUAGACUCGGGCCCCCGGAGCCUCGAGCUAAUGUCAGUCGCACUGCGCUACGCAGCUUGAGCACCCACAAGGGCUUCAACGAGAAGCUGUGUUACGGCGACAUUACUCUGAAUUUCUGUUAUCUAUCGGGGGACGACUUGGACUACUCGGGACUGGCGGAAAGAGACCGAGAGGGCAGCGUCCAUGAUGAUGAAAUCAGAGACAAAGACCGCGACCACCAUAUCGCCACGGCGCCUGGCGACGACUUAGCGUACGGCGCCGUGCAGCUCGUCGAGGUUCGUCACAACUUCCAGGACACCCAAUUCCAAAAUCCGACCUGGUGUGAAUAUUGUAAAAAGAAAGUGUGGACCAAGGCGGCUUCUCAGUGUAUGAUUUGUGCCUACGUAUGCCACAAGAAAUGCCAGGAAAAAUGCCUCGCUGAAAAUCCCUUCUGUGUGGCGGCAACGGAGCGUCGAGGCGCCGACCCCGAGGCCAAGUUCACCAUCAACCGAGCCACCACCGGAUUAACCCGCCAUAUCAUCAACACCAGCUCCCGGCUGCUUAAUCUGCGCCAGGUUCCGAAGACUCGUCUGGUUGAGCAAGUCGCUGACGCGGUACCCGGAGCGGUGGACCCUUCCCCGAAACAGACCCCCAACACAUCGGACAACGAAAGCAGCGAUACGGAGACCUACACGAGCGGCGCCAGCCCCUCCAAGCAACCUUCUGGCAGCGGCGGAAGCGGAAAACUGGUACGCAAGGAAGGCGGUUUAGACGAUAGCGUCUUCAUCGCCGUGAAAGAAAUCGGCCGCGACCUCUACCGAGGUUUACCCACCGACGAGCGUUCGCAGAAACUGGAACUGAUGCUGGAUAAGCUGCAGCAGGAAAUUGAUCAGGAAUUGGAGCACAACAACGCUCUCCUCUUGGAAGAGCGAGACACGGCCGAUCCCAGGCGGAAAGUUCUGAUUAGCUCGGCUUUGUCCAAAUCCGGGGAAAGACUCCAGGCGCUCACCCUGCUCAUGAUCCACUACCGUGCGGGCAUCGAGGACUUGGAGUCGGUGGAAAGCACCUCUCCUUCGGAGCAGCAGUGUUUCAAGGCCAAAGGAGAUGGAUUAGAGGACGAGGCCCUGAUGGGAGCGGAGGUCUACGACAGCGACAUGUGCAGCCCGGUGGAGGUCCAGCUCUUGGACGACAUCACUGAGGAACAGAUCUGUGUGGAAGCCCUCCACUGAAUCGCAGCCAGGGGGGGGACAUGUUUGGACACUUUGGUCACACUUUGGUGGAUUUUUGAAGGGGAUUUAAGAUCACUGUGGUCCAUUUGGGAAGGUCUUAACGGUCCAUACGGGAAAUGCAGACUAUGGAUAUUUGGGAACAUUGCUGUUCAUUUCAUAACUGGUUUUUGCACACAUUUUGUGUCCGUGCAUCGGGGGUUUUAAAGGGAAGUGUUGCCGGUGUGAUGUCCGAUCAAGAUGUAUAUUUUAUCAUUUGAACAUCUAAAGGGUUGCGUGUUCCCCGCGGUUUUUUUUUUUCAGUUUUUUCUCAAGGUCACAUGGCAAAAAAAAAAAAAAAAAAAUAAUAAUAAUCAGCUCAGAUUCAUUGUGGGUGGAAUGAUGACACACAACACACGCAGGAAUUGGGUGCACAAGGUAGAAUUUAUUCCAAAUUUCCUCCAAUCGCAAAAUAAUGCAUACAAGUUUUUUCAAGAUAUUCCCAAGUAUUCCCAAAGGAAUUUUCAACAUAGCAUUUCUGAACAUACAAGUUUUCUUUACACGUUGCAUAUAAUUAUAUAUAUAUAUAUAUAUAUAUAUAUAUAUAUUUUUUUUUUUUUUAAUUUUAUUUUUGUCACGUACCAAAGUACGAGGUCCAUGACAAAAAAAAAAAAAAAAAAAAAAAAUUCCUUAAACUUAAACUAUCGCUAUAUUGACACGCACUAUGGUACCCAUUAUGGCAUUGGAUGCUCAUAUCACCGAGUACUUCGGUACGUGACAAAAAAAUUUAAAUUUAAAAUUUAAAUGAAAUUAAUGAAAUAAAGUUUAUGGUCAUAUCACCUCGUGCUUUGGUACAUGAAAAAAAUUAAAAAAAAUAUUAUGAAAGCAGGAAGUGAACAAAUGUAAGAGUUAGUGAUUGUAAAAGUACCAGAUGGAGGGGUAGGAUUUAAUAAGCUUUGCUUCUUCCUACUCCUUUUGGACAUGUGGAACUGGGAACUGAUUAUGGGAUGCACUCAAUUGGAAUCUGAUGCAUGUUCUAAUGAAAUGAAACCAUUAGUAUAAUUUAUAUUUGUACACCAAAACAGAAUUAUUGAAACAAACACUAAAAUGAGCAGGGAUGUUAAUUAUUAGCCCACUUUUAAGAAAUGACCGUUUAUUAAGUCAUUUGCACAAAUUACUUUUGUGCAAAUGAUGUGCUUUGACUUCAGGUGAUGUCCUUAAAGCUAAUUAUAAUUAUAAAGAAUUAUUUAUUAAUGUUUGUAUUAAUAUUAAAAAUGUAUAAUUAUUAUAAAAAAUAGUAAUAAUUCUAUAAUUGUGCACCCAGUUGUUGUUUGUAAGGAGCGACGAGGAAGUACGUUGUGUUACGUUCCAUCCUGCAGAAAGAAAAGCACCCUGAAGGGACACGGACCGACGACAAGCGGGAAUUUUAUGAACGUUCACGUUUUGGUUCGGGAGUACUUUUCCAUGUUGACUGUUUUUCUAUGAAGAAACGCUUUUGAGGAUUUGAGCAGCUGCGGCGUGAAUAUUGGAGGGGGUCGUAUUUGUAUCUUUUGUCACGUUUGGUUUCAUACGUCCUCCAAUUCUAUCCAUGUUUAUUUCCUAAAUGUCACACGCAAUAUCCGACAAGCUACGCUGACCAUUGUGCUUUGGAGACGUGGUGUGGCGCAUCCUGUUUGGGUUGAUGACCCCCAUGUUGGUCGCCACCAGGGGCGUCACUAGGUUCUGAGGACGGGGGGGAUGAUGCACAGGAUAUGAAUGAAUGUAUGAGACAUUAAAAAAAUAAAAAAUAAAUAAAUAAGGAACAAGAACCGGGACAGAUUUAGUGGAGAUACUCAAUAGUUUUAGGCCACCAUUAAAUGUACACAAGUACACACAAUCUACACAAGUACACACAAUCUACACAAGUACACACAAUCUACACAAGCUCCAAAACCAUUCUGUCCAGACAAUCAUCAAUAAUAUCAUAAUCAUUAUUACAAUUCAUUAUUCUUUUUCAUAAUUAUUAUAUUAUUCAUUAGCCUAUUAUUAUUACUAUCAUCAUUAUUUUUCUUCUGAUUAUUACUAGGAUUAGCCUGCUUAUCGGCUUGCUUAUUAGCCUGCUUUUGCCCUAUAUGAAAUUUGUCAGAGAUUAAAAAAAAAAAGUAAAUAAAUUAAAAAAACAUUUUUUGAUCAAUAUAAAAUUAUUUAGGGGGUCUGGAGCCCCCCCUAAAAUGUUCUAAUAUUAAAACUUUUUUUUUGAUCAAUAUAAAAUUAUUUAGGGGGUCUGGAGCCCCCCUAAAAUGUUCUAAUAAUAAUCAUUAUAUUAUUAAUUAGCCUAUUAUUAUUACUAUCAUCAUUAUUCUUCUGAUUAUUACUACUACUACUAGUAGUAGUAGUAGUAGUAGUAGUAGUAUUAGCCUGCUUAUUGGCUUGCUUAUUAGCCAGCUUUUGCACUAUUAUAUACAAUUUGUCAGACAUUUUUUUUUGUAAAAACAAACAAAAAAAUUAUCUGAA